UCCCCUAGAUGGCACCAGACCGGAACACAACCAUGAGGAGCGGCGAGCUGUGGCCCACCUCGGACGACAACGGGAGGAGGGUGGCGUGCACGGCGGCCAACCCGCUGGUGCCCGGCUACGCCCUCACCGCCGAGGAGGCUCUGCGCGUGCACUUCCCCCCUGAGGUGCAGGUCCGCCUGGCCCCCGCGCUGGACCCCCGCAACAUCAAGGAGGGCGAGGACGUGUACUUUGAGUGCCACAUCAAAGCCAACCCGCCCGAGAGCCGCGUCCAGUGGAUGCACCAGGGUCGCCCGCUGUCCACGGUGCGGGAGCGCGGCGUGCUGGCUCAGGGGAGGAACUUGGUGCUGCAGGGUGUGAGUCGCCACGCUGCGGGGAGCUACCAGUGCACCGCCACCAACGCCAUCGCCACCGUCACCAGCGCCCCGGCAACCCUCGACAUCAUGUUCGCCCCGGAGUGCCGCCAGCCCCGAAAUGUCACCGUGUCCGUCACCGCCAAGGACGAGGUGACGCUGGACUGUGCCGUGGAGUCCAACCCAGAGGAGGUCAGCUGUACGUGGCAGGUGAACAGCCGGCGCGGGGUGAAGGAGCUCCCCGCCUCUACCUUCACGUCUCAGGCUCGCUCCAGCAGGCUUGUGUACCGGCCCCAGGAGCACAGCCACGCCCACGAGCCGCGCGGCGUGGUGUUCUGCCUAGCCACCAACAAGAUAGGCAUGCAGAAGGUGCCUGUGUCUUCAUCACGCCUGCAG